AUGAGCGCCCAAUUGAUUGACGGCAAGGCACUCGCCUUAAAACUUCGGGAAAAAAUCCAUGCGGAAAUCGCUGAGAUCCAGUCAAAGCACAAGGACUUCAAGCCUAACUUGACAAUUAUUCAAGUUGGUGAACGUCCUGAUUCCACCACCUAUGUCAAGAUGAAGUUGAAAGCUGCUGAAGAAGCAGACAUUGACUGUCAUUUGAUCAAGUUGCCCGAGACUGUUACCGAGUUUGAGUUGUUGUCUGAGAUUUCCAAAUUGAACGAAGACAUCAACGUUGACGGUAUUUUGGUGCAAUUACCAAUUCCAGCCCACUUGGACGAAACAAAAAUCACUUCUUCUGUGAUCUCAAGCAAAGACGUCGAUGGUUUUGGUCCACACAAUGUUGGUGAGUUGGCCAAAAAGGGAGGACUGCCUACCUUCUUGCCAUGCACUCCAAAAGGUAUUUUGCAAUUACUUCAACUGUCGAAUGUGGAAAUCGCAGGUAAAAACGCCGUGGUUUUGGGUAGAUCCGACAUUGUUGGCAGCCCAGUCGCCAGUUUGUUGAACAAGGCAAACGCAAAUGUCACAGUUUUGCACUCCAGAACUGGUCAAGAGCAGCUCCGUUUCUUCUUGUCCCAUGCUGAUAUUGUUGUCGCUGCCAUUGGCCAAGCAAACUUUAUCAAGGGCGAGUGGUUGAAAAAGGGUGCUGUGGUGAUCGACGUUGGUGCUAACUUCAUCCCAGAUUCCUCGAGAAAAUCCGGUUCGCGUAUGGUGGGUGAUGUUGACUUCGAGUCUGUUUUGCCCGUCGCUUCUUUGGUUACACCUGUUCCCGGUGGUGUCGGCCCAAUGACUGUUGCCAACCUUUUGGACAAUGUUGUUAUCGCAGCAAAAGCACACUACAAAAAGAACAACGAAACUCCCAAAUUCACCAACCCACUUAAGUUGAACUUGCAGAAGCCUGUGCCAUCCGAUUUCGAAAUUUCCAGAGCUCAAGAGCCCAAGAGAAUUAACCAAGUUGCUGCUGAGGCGGGUAUCUUAGACUCUGAGUUGGAACCAUUUGGUUUCUACAAGGCUAAGGUGUCUUUGGACAUUUUGAAGCGUUUGAAGAACAAGGUCAACGGUAAGUAUGUCUUGGUUACCGGUAUUACCCCAACUCCAUUGGGUGAAGGUAAAUCUACCACUACUGUUGGUUUGGCUCAAGCUCUCGGGGCUCAUUUGGGAAAGAAUGUUUUUGCCAACGUGAGACAACCUUCCAUGGGCCCUACUUUUGGUAUCAAGGGUGGUGCAGCCGGUGGAGGAUACUCCCAAGUUAUUCCUAUGGAUGAGUUCAACAUGCAUGUUACUGGAGACAUCCAUGCCAUUUCUAUGGCGAACAACUUGUUAGCCGCCGCUAUUGACACCAGAAUGUUCCACGAAAAUACACAAAAGGAUGCUGCAUUGUUCAGACGUUUGAUUCCUGCUAAAAAAGGAUCUCCUAGAAAAUUCCCCGUGGGUUUCUUGAACAGAGUUAAGAAAUUGGGUAUUAACAAGACCAACCCAGACGACUUGACCGAAGAGGAGAUUUCCAAAUUUGUCAGAUUGGACAUUGACCCAGACACCAUUACAUGGAGAAGAGUUGUUGACUGUAACGAUAGAUUUUUGAGAGGAAUCACCAUUGGUGAAGCUCCUACUGAAAAGGGUAUGACCAGAAAAACUGGCUUCGAUAUUUCUGUGGCUUCAGAGUGUAUGGCUAUCUUGGCUUUGUCUACCUCUUUGGAAGAUAUGAGAGAGAGAUUGGGUAAGAUGGUCGUUGCUGCCUCUAAAUCUGGUGUUCCUAUCACAUGUGACGACAUUGGUUGCGCUGGUGCUUUGACUGCGUUGUUGAAGGACGCUAUCAAGCCUAACAUCAUGCAAACUUUGGAGGGAACUCCGGUUUUCGUUCACGCUGGACCUUUCGCCAAUAUCUCCAUUGGUGCCUCUUCCAUUUUGGCCGACAAGAUGGCGUUGAAACUCGCGGGCACCUCUCCAGACUUGACCGAAGAGGAAAGACAAGAACAAGAAGGUUAUGUUGUGACCGAAGCUGGUUUCGACUUCACCAUGGGUGGUGAGAGAUUUAUCAACAUCAAGUGCAGAGCGUCCGGCUUAGCCCCAGAUGUCAUUGUCAUUGUUGCUACUGUUCGUGCUUUGAAGGUGCACGGUGGUGGCCCAGAGGUUAAGGCUGGUGCUCCAUUGGCUCCAGAGUACACUCAAGAAAAUGUGGAAUUGUUGCGUGCCGGUUGCUCGAACUUGGCCAAGCACAUCUCUAACGCCAAGCGUUACGGUUUGCCUGUUGUUGUUGCCAUCAACAAGAUGUCCUCUGACACAGACAAGGAACACGAUGUCAUUCGUGAGGAAGCUUUGAAAGCCGGUGCUUCUGAUGCUAUUGUUUCCAACCACUGGGAAGAAGGUGGUAAAGGUGCUGUGGACUUGGCUCAAGGUGUCAUCAACGCAGCUAAUUCCAUCGAAAAGGACUUUCCAGUUCUUGUACGACACAGCUCCAUCUGUUGA